UUCUGUUGCGUAGUUGGUGGAACGGUGCGAGAAAAAAUCCCUCGUUAGGCCAUUUGAAACCAGUGCAUGUAGCGUUCGAAAUUAUUUUUAGCCCAACGGAGGAAGAAAGGCGAGCCAAGGCACUGAAAAUCGGCUUAUUCUCGAUCGGAAGUUGAGCAGCGGUUCCGGGUGAAUGUGUGUGAACAGUGCGGCGGCGUAUGCGGUUUGAAGAAACAACGGCUUUGAAGUGGCCAUCAGUGGAGUGGAUGUUAAAAAUAAUUUGAGAGGACACAAGGGACCAAGCAAGGACGAUGGCUCAACCGUUGGUAAACUCAUGCUGUCGGUGCUACUCGCUGCGGAACGGGUCGAUAACUUCCGGCGUGCUCGGCAUCAUUCUUUCGAUUAUUUCGAUAAUUCUGAUCUUCACCGUGAGAAUCGACUUCAAAACCAUUCUGAUGGACUGGCUGCCACAGAACGUGGUGAAAAUAAUCUACGCCCUGAACCUGGUCAUGACCAUAUUGAUCUCGUUGCUGAUGAUAUUGGGCGUCGUAAAGAAAAACCACAUAUUCAUGAUGCCUUGGGUGGUGUUGGGAUUAAUGCUCGCGAUUGGCCUGCUGAUUAGCGUUAUCUAUAAUGCAGUGGUGUAUUUCAUCGACGGUUAUGUGCUGGGAGGAACGCUGUGGAUCGUGAUAGGAUUGAUAUCCGUCGUGGUUUACGUGUACAUGUGGAUCGUCGUGUAUAGUUACUUCACCACUCUGAAGAACGAGAACGACCGAGGACGAUACUCCAAGCAGCCGUACCGGCGAUAGGCGAGCGAUGGUUCGCUGGCGCCGUCGCUGGAACCUGCCAUUCAUACAAAUAUUGAUAUUCUUAACCACUAUUACUGUUGUCGUUUACCUCAGUCGUUACUGUACAUACUAAUUUGUGAGGUGUGCGAAAAAAACGAAACAAAUCUUUGAUAAGAGAAACAUGCAGAGAAUAUUUGUUGUAGUAAACACAUGAUUUAUACUCAGAACUAACUUAGCUUCGUGUAGUAGUUCUUUUUGGACUUACCCAUUAAAGAUGGCUAAUGAUUUUCACUGACUCACACAAACAUA